ACGCUCAACGACCUCGCCAGCCGCCACGACCUCGCAGAUUCACAAUGGAGAACGAUCAGGGUAUUCUCGUCGACCUUUACGUCCCGCGCAAGUGCUCGGCGACCAACCGCCUCAUCACCUCGAAGGACCACGCGUCCAUCCAGAUCAGCGUCGCCGACGUCGACGCUAACGGCCGCGCGCUUGGUACCUCCACCUCGUUCGCUCUCUGCGGACAGGUCCGGGCCAACGGCGAGGGCGACGACUCCAUCAACCGACUGGCGACCAAGGCUGGACUUCUCCGCAAUGUCUGGUCAUACCAAAAGUAGUGGGCUCGUCUGAGCUUAGAGCGUACGAGAGGUGUCUUUGUAUUGUUGCAUUUCCAUCGGUUUCUUUUUGCAAUCUCUUUCAUCACGC